GACGGCCUCCAGCGACACCUUGACGCCCCUGCGCCGCCCGCCUCCCUGCAGAACGAGACGGCCAGCAACGUCCUCGAGGGCGUCGAGAGCGCCUGCGCGGAGACGAACAUGGCUGCAAUCAGGCGGAUGCUGUCCUCCGGGGCCCAUGUCUUCCUCUCCCAGGUGCCCGACAACCACCCCGCCAACAGGAGGGCGCUGGCGCGGCUGCACAAGCCGUUCGACGGCUACCAUGGGCUGCUAGAGAACCCCAUCGAGUGCUGCGCAGCCCACCAGGACAACCUCAUCGGAGAUGUGCAUGCGCGCGCAGUGGUGCACCGAUCGGUCUCGCACCACAACCAGGUUGCGACGGCGCUGGGGCAGAUCCUGCUCGGCAGCUCCUUCGAGUUCAAUGUGAUCGACGAGCCGAAUGAGCAGUGGGUCAAGCACACAGAGCAGGUCAUGUGCUUCACGAUCGGGAAAGACGCCAGGGGGUGCAUUGACAACCGCGGGGAUGCCGCGCACGAGCAGAAG